AUGCCAGGCCCAACUCCAAAACGUGCUUCACUUCCAAGGCCAGCUCCAUAUCAACUUCCACGUGAACAAAAAACAGAGAAUCUUCUAAAUGCUCCCGUGGAAGCUAAGAUGCCAGAAAAUCUCCGAGUAUUCCAAGAAAUGGCUCAAUCACUUCCACCAGGGGACAUUGACUUUCAGCCACGGAAAAUCGUUUUCAAUGCUCCGUACAAUGAAAAACAAGUGUUUCAAAUCAAAUUAAUCAAUACUUCGGCGCUUCGUAUUGCUUUUGGAAUCAAUACAUACAUGAGAAAACUCAGAGUUGAUACAUUAUGCACACCACGUUGUGGAGUACUUGAUCCAAAUGAGCAUAUUCUGUUGGCUGUUUCAUGUAGUGCUUUUGCCUUCGGACAAGUUGAUACAACAAAUGACCGUAUCACUGUCGAAUGGACAAAUACCCCUGAAGGAUCCGAUAAACAGUUCUGUCGUGAAUGGUUGGAAGGAGAGGGAAUGGUUCGUCGAAAGAUUAUCCUAAUCGAAUAUAAUUCAACUCCAAUCGCUCCAAAACCUACAACAUCUUCGAAACCUCUUCUACAGGCCACUAAGCUUGGGAUGUGGUUGCCGAUUGGAUUUGCUGCUUCUGAAUUGUAUGACUAUGAGAAGGGAGUUCCAUUGGAUCGGGAGACUUGUGAGAAAAACCUCGAGAAACUCAUCAAAAACGACCGUGACGUCGACUACUACGAAUGGCUGAAUCUCGCCCAGCAGUGUCGAACGGAAAAUCACAAAUUAAUGGAGCAAAUGGCACUUGGAAUGGCUUUUACUUCGGCCAUGGCGAACAAGCAACACAAAAAAGUGUCUCGAAAAGCGGAUAAGGAUAAAAUCACAGGCGCCAUAGUGCAGAACAAGAUGUUUUCGAUUGAAACCGCAGAGAUUUGGGACAGAGUUUUGACAUUGCCCAAUAGAAAAUGGUUCCAAAUUUCUGAUGUAGUGACAGAUGGAGAGGUUUCGAAUUGGUCGUCGGCAAAUUUGGUGACUCAUGUGAGAGCCCUGGCAAGAUCGGUUUUCGAUAAGGUUGACGAAGCGGAUCCCCAUAUGAUGUGCUACGCAACUUCGCAAAACGCUUGCAUAUAUGUUCCCAUUGAUAAGGAUUUUUUCGAUGGAUUUGCAGAAUACCUAAUUGGCGGAUUCGGCCAAGAACAAUCGCGAGAUUUGAAGCUUCAAGUCAGAAAACUGGUCACCGAGGUUAUGGGAAAUAAACUAAACCGUGUGAGAGCCCGCUAUAACAAAAUGUAUGGGAAAGAUGCAAGUGAGGAAGCUGCAAAAUGGAUGAGAGAGGAGCUUGACAAGAAGGAUGGAGAACUGAAAGAAUGUCAACUCAUAUUCUCGAAAGGCUCAAAAAGCUCGUAUGCUAUUGAAGUUCACGGAGAAGAAGAAGAAGAUCUCGUCAAAUCUGAAGUUUUGAGUGGAGAUGAGGACGUGGAAAUGGAAUAAUUUUGCAAAGUCCAACUUCCGGAAAAAACUAAUGACAAUUUGUUUUUCAAACUACAGUUUCAUCCUGUUUUCUUAUUGAUUUUGUUUAAUAUUUGUAGUUACUUCAUUGAAUUGGAUACACAUUUGACCAAAUGAAAUUAAUAUUUUCAAA